CUACAUUGUUUUUUCAUAUAGUUACAAUCUUGAAUCGCCUUUUUAUUCAAACCAAAACAGAAGUCUUUCUAAUUAAUAUUUCUCAAUAAUAUUCAAGAUUCCAACUUUGCUUGAAAUCUUGAUUUUUCAUUUUAGUACAUCCAAAUUUUGUUAGCAAGAAAGAGUCGUCUACUUAACAGAAAGCAAGAGAACAGCAAGUACAGAAGCACUAUUUGAUUGCAUAACCAUGAACCCGACAGCAUCCGAUCAUCAUUUCUUGGCUGCAAUUUUCAUGUUCUCGUGGCUAAUAACUGGCAAAACUGUGAGUGGAGACAUAGAGAGUGAUAAACAAGUACUACUCAAUCUUAAGGCUCAUAUACUAUCGUGGAAUCCUGUGAUGAAUGAAAAUCCAUUCACCGGGUGGAACUCAACGGAUGAAUUUCCAUGCAAUUGGCCUGGAAUUUCAUGCAACACAAGAGGCAACCGUGUUACCGCAGUAGAUCUCUCCAACAAAAACAUCCCGGGGCCGUUGUUUCGCAAUUUCUCUGGACUGCCUGAGCUGGAGCACCUUAACCUUUCAGCAAAUAUAAUACAUGGGACGAUCCCUGAUGACUUAAGCAAAUGCAGAAACCUGAGAGCCCUCAACCUAUCACAUAACAUAAUUGAAGGUGAGUUCAAUCUUGCUGGAUUCGACAACCUGGAACUUCUUGAUCUGUCCAAUAAUAGAAUCCAGGGCAGUCUUCGGUUAAUGUUUCCUGCUAGAUCAUUCAGAAAUUUGGUGGUCUUGAAGCUGUCAUCGAAUAAUUUAAGUGGUCCGGUUGAUGACUUGUUCAACCUCUACCGAAACUUACACUCUCUUGAUCUGGGAGGAAACAACUUUAGUGGGAAUUUGUCGUUUCAGUUUGACCGGUUGCUUGAGUUUUCGGUACCUACGAACAAUUUAGGUGGUGAAAUUCCUGGUUGGUUUUUCAGUGAAAACUGCAGCUUACGACGUUUAGACUUAUCAGAUAAUUUCUUCAUUGGACAGAUCCCGAAAGAAAUUUCCAACUGCAAGGAUUUGGUGAGUUUGGACCUGUAUGGAAACAAGUUCUCUGGGGAAAUCCCUCCUGAAGUUGGAUCCCUUUCGAGCCUCCAGUCGCUUUUGCUAGGUGAAAAUAGUUUCUCUAGGGAUGUCCCAGAGUCUCUGGUGGAGAUGAGCAACUUGUCCUUAUUGGAUCUAAGCAGGAACGAAUUUGGAGGAAAUGUUCAAGAAGUUUUCGGCCGACUCCAUCAAGUAAAUUCUCUUGUUUUGAAUGGAAAUUCAUACACUGGAGGCUUACUUUCAUCUGGAAUUCUUGAGUUACAGAAUAUAUCUGAAUUGGACUUAAGUGACAAUGAUUUCUCCGGUCCAUUACCAGUAGAAAUUUCUCAAAUGUCAAACUUGAAGAUGUUGGUUCUGGCUGACAAUCAGUUUACUGGAAGUAUACCUCAUGGAUAUGGAAACCUGUCAAGACUCCAAGCUCUCGAUCUCUCUUUCAAUAAUCUUAGUGGAUCAAUCCCAUCAAGUUUCAGAAAGUUAAGCUCGAUUUUGUGGUUAAUGUUUGCAAACAAUUCUCUAACAGGUGAAAUCCCUGCAGAAUUAGGCAACUGUAGCAGCCUGUUAUGGUUAAAUCUUGCAAACAACCAACUCUCAGGGGCCAUUCCACCUGAAUUCUUCAACGUUGGCAGCAACGCAACAGCACAAUUAAUCCUACUGAAUCAGGUCGGUCAGACAGCCUCUGGAUUCAGCCAAUGCACGAACCUGAGGAGAUGGAUCCCCACAACGGACUCCCCAUUGUCCUCAUUUACGCGUUUUGCAGGUCGAAGGUGUGAAAUCAAGUGGGAUUUCUUGCUAAAAGGAUGCCUGUCAUUCCCCCUGUGCACUCCUCAGGAGAAAUCCGGCCCCGGUUACCUUCAACUAAGAGGCAACAAAUUGUCAGGUGGACUCCCACCUGAAAUCAGCAAGAUGCAGAACUUGGGCAUGUUACAUCUCGAUGACAAUGCUUUUUACGGUCAGCUCCCUCCACAGAUUGGUUCGCUGCCACUGUUAGCGCUACAAGUAUCGAAGAACAUGUUUUCUGGUGAGAUACCAGAAGAAAUCGGGACGCUGAAACGCUUGCGAAUCCUGGAUCUGUCAUAUAACAAUUUCUCGGGGGAAUUACCUGGAAGCCUGUCAAGCUUAACCGAGCUAUAUAAAUUUAACAUCUCCUACAAUCCAUAUUUAUCUGGUAGAAUACCAUCUACUGGUCAGCUAGCAACAUUUUCUCAGUCAUCGUUUCUUGGCAAUCCAUUGUUAGAAUUUCCAUUUUGGACGGAAGAAGGAAGAACUAGUAGUCCCCCUGUCGGGGAGCCAAAAGAGCUAUUGGACCGGUUUCUUUUCGCCUUCUCUUUCUCCUAUCCAUUCUUCUUCGUUUCAUCUUUUCUUGGUUUCUUGUUUCUGGGUAAUGAGAAGAUUUCACCGUUGAAGACCAAGAGAAAGUCCAAGACAAGAAGAAUGUGAAAACUGGGCAGAGAGUUGCCUGGCCUGUCCUGCAAUUUUUACUGCUCGAAGAUUGAUAUUAGUCUACUCUACUCCAAGUAGAAAAGCAAAAAUAUUUUCUACCCACGGCAAAUCACAUUUAGCCCCCUUAAAGUUUAAUAUAAUGAUAAGUACAGUGAAUUAUUUUCAAAUUUGACA